AUUUUAGUUAUAACUAAGCUUUUAAGAUUUUUGAGUAUGAUGGAAUGGAUGAGAUGAUUUUGAAGGGAAAAAACAUAAUUCUUGAAGGAAUGAAGGGUAGUUAGUGACUGGAAGAAGCUUUUGUUGAGGUGUGAUUUUGGUGUAUGAUGGGUUGCAUUUGUUGCAAACCUUCUGCCAUUGAAGAUAGUAAGGCGUGUCCUAGAGAGAGGCCUUCGAGUAAAGCCUCAUCAGAUGUUAGGGUACCAGGAGCUACUUCUUCUAGGAGGGAGGAAGCCUAUAAAGCCAAGGAUAGACAUGAUAAUGCAAUGUCGAUCGAUAAGCAAGUGAGUGAUUCGGUUCGAUUACACGGCGAGAAUUUGGAUAGGAAAAGGGAGAAGAUGGAGUAUGUUGUUGUUCAACAUCCAGGGAUAGGUAGCGUUCCCAAAGCUACACAAGGAGAGCAGGUGGCAGCAGGGUGGCCUGCUUGGUUAGUUGCAGUAGCUGGGGAGGCAAUCCGGGGGUGGCUACCGCGGCGUGCAGACUCAUUCGAGAAGCUGGAUAAAAUUGGCCAGGGAACUUAUAGUAAUGUUUAUAGGGCUCGAGAUUUAGAUCAGAAAAAAGUUGUUGCCCUGAAGAAAGUAAGAUUUGAUAACCUUGAGCCUGAGAGUGUUCGAUUUAUGGCAAGGGAAAUUCACAUUUUACGUAGACUUGAUCAUCAGAAUGUUAUAAAGCUGGAAGGUCUGGUUACCUCAAGGAUGUCGUGCAGCCUGUAUCUUGUUUUUGAGUACAUGGAACAUGACUUGGCUGGUCUUGCUUCACACCCUGGUCUGAAAUUUUCGGAAUCACAGGUGAAGUGUUACGUACAGCAACUUUUGUGUGGCCUUGAUCAUUGUCAUAGUCGCGGUGUCCUUCAUCGUGACAUAAAGGGUUCCAACCUUCUAAUUGACAAUAAUGGAAUCUUGAAGAUUGCAGACUUUGGUCUGGCUAGCUUUUAUGAUCCUCAUCAAAGUCAGCCCUUGACAAGCCGUGUCGUAACCCUUUGGUAUAGACCACCAGAGCUUUUACUUGGAGCCACUAACUAUGGUACAGCUGUGGAUUUAUGGAGUACAGGUUGCGUACUUGCCGAGUUAUAUGCCGGCAAGCCUAUUAUGCCCGGAAGAACUGAGGUGGAGCAGUUGCAUAAAAUUUUCAAACUUUGUGGCUCGCCUUCUGAAGACUAUUGGAGAAAAUCAAAGUUGCCUCAUGCAACCAUUUUUAAGCCCCAACGGCCCUAUAGACGCUGUGUUGCUGAAACAUUUAAGGAAUUUCCUGUACCAGCUUUAGCACUCAUGGAGACCUUACUUUCUAUUGACCCUGCUGAUCGAGGAUCUGCAGCUUCUUCUCUUGAGAGUGAGUUCUUUACAUCAGAAUCUCUUCCCUGUGAUCCUUCAAGCUUGCCAAAAUAUCCUCCAAGCAAAGAGUUAGAUGCAAAAAUAAGGGAUGACGAAGCUAGAAGACACGGAGCAUCAGGAACGAAAGGCCCGAGGCCUGAUCUUGAAAGAAAAGCAACAAAAGUGUCUCGAGCUGUUCCAGCACCUGAUGCGAAUGCUGAACUAGUCUUGUCAAUGCAGAAAAGACAAGGUCAAUCCAAUUCAAAGAGCCGGAGUGAGAAGUUUAAUCCUCAUACCGAGGAAGUCGCCUCAGGCUUUCUUAUUGAUCCGCCUGGGGCGUCACAAGCGAUAGAAUCAAAUGCAGACGCAAAGGGGAAUCAUCACAAGAGAGCUUCUCAUUCAGGGCCUCUGGCUCACCGUGCUGCUUGGGCAAAAUCUGGGGAAAACCUGGAUCAUGCUCCCAAAAUUUCUACCAGGGCCGACUUGUCAAUGAUGUCAGGUUUAGCGGCGCCAAGGAGUAGUCUGACAUCUGAUGAUUCCAGAGUAAAAUCUGGUUUUCCACAAUCAAAAGUUCCAAAAAUGAUUGCGAGAUUUCCAGGGUCCUUUAAAGAGUCCUCUGAAUCCAGCACCGAACAGGAUCCGAAACUCAAUGAGCUGCAGAAAGAUGGAAGAAAUAACAACAAAGAUUCAGUUUUGCUUGGCUACGGUUCAAAAGGCCACAUAAUUCACUAUUCCGGACCAUUAUUAGUCCCGUCAGGCAACAUGGACCAGAUGCUUAAGGAUCACGAUCGCCAAAUCCAAGAAGCUGUUCGGCGAGCACGACUUGACAAGACAAAGGUGGGAAGAAAUCAGUUAGAAGGGAACCAAAUGUCAACCAAAUCGUUAUUCGUCUCCGGUCGUUGAGCUGAAUUUUGCUAACAGAAAACCAAGACGAGCAUUGUCAAGAUGAUUCUCGCCGAACAAUUCGGUUGCGGGUUCUAGUGAGAAAUACAAUCCAUGCUGUUGGGUGAGUUUCUUGUAUAGGUUGAUAUUCUUAGGAAGAUGGCUUAUAUGGUUGAUUGAGAAAAUAUUCCUAUGUGAUUAAUCAUGUGUAUUCCUUUCCACCCAGCAACUGUAAUUUG